CUGUGGAAAGUGACCAAGGCCUUCCAUAUCAAAUUUGAUAGCUGGAGGCCCAAGGUUACAAGUGCAAGAACCUCUGGCGAGAACACUACAGAGAAGCUUGACUCUGAAGGUAUAAAAUACCUUAGCUACUUGAUGUGUCCUUUGCUUGUGGGGCUGGCUGUUUAUUCACUACUGUAUACACCGCACAAAAGCUGGUAUUCAUGGGUGAUCACCUGCCUUGUGAAUGGAGUUUAUGCUUUUGGGUUCCUCUUCAUGCUUCCACAAUUGUUCAUUAACUAUAGACUGAAGAGUGUAGCCCACCUUCCUUGGCGAGCAUUCAUGUACAAGAGUGCACAUCAUAUGUGUGUAUGCUGGGGUGAAGGUCCUGAGGAAGAACAAGCCGGAAGCAUCAGUGGUGUCCUCCUCACCAACUCCGUCCCGAAGUGUGCUUGUGUGAACUUACCUCCAAGGGCCUGGUGGACAGCCAGCGCAUUGAUGACCUAUCUUAUCCAGCAGAUAGAAGAUCUUGUAACACUUGAUGGGCUUCCAGGUUAUUGGAUAUUACUACCCCAGCUGAUCUAAGAGGUCAAUACCCUUCCUGCCAUUGUUGUAGGAAAUGACAAUUUCAGGCUUUGACCUCUCUUCUCUACCCCUUGGUGGUUGGGAGGCAGGGUGACAACCUUGCUGGUGUGGGUGGUGGAAGUAUCAGCACCAGAUGCUUGUCCACAAACUGAAGGCAGAGCAUUCUUGUCAGUAUACUCCAAAAGUUGAUGUGUCCCCUGCUUGCCUGCAGGUCUGAGGGCAUGCCCUUCCUGCUGGUAUAGACUGUACCAAUACCACUGGUCUUCCGGGCCUGCAGGUAGUGGAAGAGAGCCAGGGAGGAAUACCAAUUGUCCUAGUAUAAUUCAUAUCCCUUGUUGAGGAGCUCUGCCUUCUCCAUCAAGUUAAUGACAGCUUUCAUGCUAGCAAAGAACUGCAAUUAGAUCUUGAAGGCUGCCCUAUACCCUGCCUCUGGACCAUUGGAAGAGAAUAGCUUGUAGACCUUCAGGUCCUGAUUUAACUGAUGUGAAUAAAUGUUA